GUCGUCAGUUCGACUUCGAAUCCGAGUGGAGGCAGCAGCAAGUGCGCAUCCGUCACACACUUGUUGUUGUUGUUGUUGUUGUUGUUUUAGUUCCUCAACUGAUAAGCAGAGAUUAUUAUAUUCGAAAUCGCACAAAGAUGAAAGUGCUGAUAGUCUUGCUCGUGGCAUACCUAGUCCUGGGCAGCGCUCGUGCGCAGGAUGAAAGCGCCGAGGCUAGCGAUGAGGCGCAUAACAUUGAGGCGAGCCAAAAUCGCGUGGCCGCACAAAUCGAGGGGCUGCUGGAGCAUUACAAGCAAGAGGAUCCAGUUGGAGUGCCAGGUGCACCCAUACCAGAUCCAAUGGAUGUGCCCGAUAUGGCCAAAAGUCUGGGCAUGGCCAAUCUGAACAUGCUGAAAGUGAAGGCCUACGGUCUGUCCAAAUUUCGCAUAGCCACCGUUGAUAUGGACUUCAAACAGAUGAGAGCAGACGUUGGCAUACAGCUAGACGAAAUGCUGGUUAGGGGCAAUUACAUACUCAGUUCCUUCUUCUCUAAGGCCAACGGACCGUUCACCGUCAUCUUGAAGAAGGUUAAUGUACGGUGCUCGGUGUCGCUCGGCGUGGAGCGUGAUGGUCACCUGACCACGGAACAAAUCAACAUGGACAUUACCUUUGGUGAAAUGGCUAUGGAUUUUCAGAAUCUUGGCUUCUUGGGCAGCGUUUUCCAGGGCAUCAUCAAUUCGGCACCCAAUUUGGUGUUCGAUGCCAUGAAGCCAUUUAUGCUGCAGGAGGCAGACAAACAGGUGCGCAGUGAGAUCAAUACAAGGAUUGAGAAAUUCAUGGGAGAUCGUCGCAUGCCGAACUCGAUAACCCCACUGGACAGCGCCAUUGCAGGCCUACGCAAAAUGGUUAGACAGAAUGGCUACGAUCCAUAUCGUUUGGAGGACAAGAAUCGCACUAUGGGCGUCUUUAGUGUACAGCUCUCCAAUACCUGGAUCACAGGCUGCUCUAGUUUCUAUCGCGUGGGCAACGUCACUGCGAACAUGCACAACAACACCAUGUCACUGCGUAUGCAGCUGGGCACACAACAGAUCACUGGAGCAGGGCAAUGGGAGGUUGGAUUUGGUCUGAUGACUCGAGUGGGUCAUGUCCAGUUCACGGUGCAGCAUAUACGUGUUACGGUUCAGAUAAGCCAACCACUGGACACACGCAAACGACUGCAGAUCAACGAUCUUCAAUUCGAUAUGGGCAACAUUCAAGUGCGCUGCGAUGGAGCCGGCACCUUGGACUAUGCCAUGGAAUUUGUCGUCAAUGUGCUACCCAAUCUGUUGCGCUAUCAGAUCAUGGAUGCAAUCGAGAAUCCUAUCAAGCAGCGUGUCCAAGAGAAAUUCAACACCAUCGAUGUGGAGCAGGUCCUCAAGCUGGCAUUAGAGAAAUACAAAAAAGAUGGCAUGAAUUUCAUCUACGAAUUCAAGCUAGAUCAAUUGGCUCUUAAUUAAUUAUUGUAUCUAAAGCUUUGUUUUAUAUAAAUCUUAAGAGUUUUACUCAGCAAUGUAAGCAUUUGCUAAUUAAAUACGUUCUAAUACAAUUACUCCA